AUGGAGGGAGGUAAUACCAACGGCUUUGGAGGGGCCGCUCCAGCUUCCCCCCAAAGGCCGCCUUCACCACCCCCGCCGCCUCCAUUGGAAUCUGGCGUACCACCCCCUCCACCUCCGGACAUGAACCCACCAGCGCCUCCUCCGGACAUGAACCCACCAGCGCCUCCUCCGGACAUGAACCCACCAGGACUUCCUGUGGAAACGAAAAGACAGAAACAGGGAUGGGGUACUAAGAAAUCAUCUGGUCAAGCUAAAAAUGCAGAUGAGAUCUUGCGCGCGAAGAAAGAACGUGAUGAUGCUGCUUCCAAGCCGAAAUUCUUAUCAAAGAAAGAACGCGAGAGGAUCGCGCUUGAGAAACGGGCUGCCGAGGUUGCAGCUGCGCAGAAGCCCAAGGAUGAUAGGAUGAAGUUUGGGGAGACCAAAGCUGCAGGUUCCAGCAUAGCGAGAUACAACAACGCGAAGCAUGAUGAUAUGAUACAAGACAGCCGAUCCUCCGGUGAAAGAGCCCCCACUGGCCCUCGGGCCAUGCGUGACAAUUACGACGAGCGAUCUAGAAAUGACCGUAUGCUCCCAUCUCCCCCUCCAGCUUCCGGGAAAGAAAAACGUGGCUCGAAGGCAGAGAAGUGUCUCGCGGAAGAGGACGAAACGGUUGCACAAGCAAAAAUGGUCCGACAGUACUACUUGGGAUCGGAACAGACCUCAAAUUUCUCAGUGAAGAAGCGAAAGCGGGGAGCCGCCGACAAAUUCAAUUUCGCGUGGAGCGCUGACGAGGACACGAGUCGCGACUACAAUCCCCUUUACCAGCACAAACAUGAGGCAAACUUCUUCGGGCGAGGCAGGCUGGCAGGCUUCGGUGACGAUGUUGUAGAUCAACAGGCGCAGAGGUACGCACGGGCCCUGGAAACGAGAGAUCAUGAGUCGGGUGAAAUGCGCGCAAAGGAGGUCCUCGAGAUGGAGCGACGCCGUCGCGAGGAGGAUAAGCGUACCCAGAUCGACAAGCACUGGAGCCAGAAAGCUCUCAAAGAUAUGCGCGAGCGAGACUGGCGGAUCUUCAAAGAAGAUUUCGAGAUUUCUACCAAGGGAGGCAGCGUGCCCAAUCCGAUGCGCUCUUGGGCUGAGAGUGGAUUGUCAAAUCGCGUGCUGGAACUAGUUGAACAGGUCGGAUACAAAGAUCCGACGCCCAUUCAGCGUGCCGCAAUUCCUACUGCCCUCGAAUCUCGUGAUCUUAUUGGUGUUGCCCAGACAGGUUCCGGUAAAACUGCAGCUUUCAUACUUCCUCUUCUCAUGUACAUCAUGACGUUACCACGUUUUACAGAAGAGCCCUGGCGUAUUGCCGAAGGCCCAUACGCUAUUGUCCUGGCUCCGACCCGUGAGUUGGCCCAGCAGAUCGAAAGUGAAACAAUGAAGUUCACUGGACCUCUUGGUUUCAAGGUCGUCAGUAUCGUCGGUGGCCACUCCAUCGACGAACAAAACUACAAUCUCCGUAACGGCGCGGAAAUUAUCAUUGCUACCCCUGGUCGUCUGGUCGAUUUUCUCGAAAGACGUAUGCUAGUCCUUAACCAAUGUUGCUACGUGAUCAUGGAUGAAGCCGAUCGUAUGAUCGAUAUGGGGUUCGAAGACCCCGUGAAUAAGAUCCUGGACGCGCUCCCUGUGACCAAUGAAAAGCCUGACACCGAUGAAGCCGAGAACUCGCUCGCUAUGCGCCGAUACCGAUACCGCCAGACAAUGAUGUACACUGCCACCAUGCCUGCAGCUGUCGAACGAAUUGCCCGAAAGUAUUUGCGACGACCGGCCGUCAUCAGCGUCGGCAAUGUGGGUGAAGCCGUCGAUACAGUCGAGCAACAUGUCGAGUUGAUCACCGGCGAAGAAAAGCGCAAGAAACGACUUGCCGAGAUCCUAGGCUCUCGCACCUUCAGGCCACCGAUCAUCGUCUUCGUCAAUAUCAAGCGCAACUGUGAUGCUGUUGCCCGCGACAUCAGGCACAUGGGCUUCUCAGCGGUUACCCUCCAUGGUUCCAAAACCCAGGAACAGCGUGAAGCCGCCCUUGCUGCCCUCCGUAACGGUCAAGCGGAAAUUCUCGUUGCAACAGAUCUUGCUGGACGAGGUAUCGAUGUACCCGAUGUGUCACUCGUCAUCAAUUUCAACAUGGCGUCUUCCAUUGAGACCUACACCCACCGUAUCGGUCGUACCGGUCGUGCGGGCAAGAGUGGUGUCGCUAUCACAUUCCUGGGCAAUGAAGACGCUGAUGUCAUGUACGAUCUCAAGCAAAUGCUCGCUAAAUCUCCCAUUUCCCGCGUGCCGGACGAGCUUCGCAGGCACGAAGCAGCUCAAUCUAAGCCCACACGAGGCCAUGGGAAGAAGAUCGAGGACAGCUCCGGUGCGGGUGGAAAGGGAGGCUGGCCAUAG